UCAUUGACCGGAAAUUUGUCGCCUGUUUUGGGGUUGGGGUGAAGGCGGAAGCGCAGCGCGAUGGGCUGCGAUGGCGGCACCAUCCCCAAGCGGCACGAGCUGGUCAAGGGGCCUCGCAAGGCUGUUAAGGUUGACAAAACUGCUGAGUUGGUGGCGAGAUGGUAUUACUGCACUCUGAGUCAGGAGAAGUUAUGUCGCCCCAUAGUGGCCUGUGAGCUCGGCAGGUUGUACAAUAAAGAUGCUGUCAUUGAGUUUUUGUUGGACAAGUCAGCUGAUAAAACUCCUAUGGAAGCUGCAUCCCAUAUCAAGAGCAUUAAGAAUGUAACAGAACUAAACCUUGUUGAUAAUCCAGCUUGGAGUGGUGAUAAAGAAAGUAAAAAAGGUGACACGUAUGAUGACAUCCAGUCUGCACGCUUUAUAUGCCCUGUGGUGGGGUUGGAAAUGAAUGGAAGACAUAGGUUUUGCUUCCUGAGGAACUGUGGCUGUGUGUUCUCUGAGCGCGCUCUCAAAGAAGUUAAAGCAGAAGUUUGUCACAAGUGUGGUGUUCCCUUCCAAGAGGAAGAUGUGAUUAUCCUUAAUGGUAAUAAAGAAGAUGUGGAAGUACUGAAGAAAAGAAUGGAGGAUAGAAGACUCAAAAGUAAAUUAGAGAAGAAGUCAAAGAAAUGCAAGUCAGCAGAAUCAGCUGCCCAGCAAGUCACCACUGAAGAUUCUCCAGGUCCAUCUAAAGUUAAGAGCACGAAGGACUGCAUCGCCUCCGGUUCUGGGGAGAAGAGGCAAAUCGUCUUCACCAAAAGUUCAGCAGAUGACAAAAGUUCAUCUGUCCCAGGAAAAGUCACUAAGGCUUCUACUGCCCCUAAGAGAUCCAUUGCAGACAGCGAGGAGAAAUCGGAGGCGUACAAAUCUAUUUUUACAACACACAGCUCAGCAAAACGUCCAAAGGAAGAGUGUUCCAAUUGGGUUACUCAUACCGCGUACUGCUUCUGAAACAAUGAUGAGCCUGAUCAAAACAUCUUCACUGCUUCCCUUCCCUGAGGCUUUUUCUGUACAGCUCUUAUGCAGAAAGUAACUGUAGUUACCUGGAAUUCACUUUGCAAGUUGUUUGUAAUCUACUGAGGAGCUGAUGAACUUGUGUUAGUUGCAACUUAAAUAAAGUUAGAUAACCAGAGUCCAUGUUGUAUCAGCGUUCUGAAAGGAUGGAUUAUUUACCCAGUGUGUUUUCUGUUGUUUCCCCAGUGGUAUGAGGAUAAUGAGUGCAGGAGGAUCUGCCUUGCUCUUCUGUUGAUGUUUGCUGCAACUGUAUUUGAAGUUUUUAUUACAUCAGCAAAGAAAUUCAAGUUCAGUUGUAAGGAGAAUUACCUCAGUACUUUUUGUUUAGCUGUUACUUUGCUGAAGAAUGUGAGCUAAGGCCAUGUGUAAUACUGCUUCCCUUUUCCUGGUAGGUGGAGGCAUUCCUGCUGGCUUGGCAGGGAACUUUCCUGCUUAUUGAGGCAUUACAGAGAUUGCUGCUUUUCCAUCUGGCCUGCUCAGCUAUUAAAAUACAUGUAUGAUCACCAUGAGUUGCUUAAUAUACCAAUGCUUUGUAUACGCUCA